AUGACCGACAUUUCAAAGACUCCUUUUGUAAAGGAGCUUGCCUCAAGCGACCGCAAAGUCCGCGACAAGGCCCUAGAUUCCUUGACACUUUUUUUGCGCUCUCGCAAUGAUCUCACAUUGAUUGACCUGGUGAAGCUUUGGAAAGGUCUUUUCUUCUGCUUCUAUCACUCCGACCGACCUCUUACCCAACAAGCACUCGCCCGCGCCCUCUCUUACUCUCUCGUCCCUUCCCUCCCUCACGCUACCCUCCAUCGCUUCUUGCGCGCCUUCUGGAUCACCAUUGGCCGAGACUUUCACUCUUUGGACCGUUUACGACUCGACAAGUACCUAUUCCUAAUCCGCUGCUAUGUUGGCGUCGCAUUCGAGAUUUUCGUAAAGGGGCCGAACAAGACUGAGAUCGGAGAUGCCAAGAAGCGCAAGCGCCAGGACAAUGGCAAACCAGGUCGCGGCAAAAAGCAAAAGAAGCAGGAUGCGAGCGAAGCGGCCCCCGCGGAGAACACCACGGAAGAGGGCGAUGGCAAAUGGGCCGAUCUCGAGGCUUACAUCUCGAUGAUUGAAGAAGGGCCCCUCUGCCCUCUCAACUUCCACCCCGAUCACGUAUCGAAGCCCGUUAUCGACGAGAAGGAUCCCAACUUCGUUCCGAUGCCGCACGGCCCGGACGGGCUUCGCUAUCAUCUGAUCGAUCUUUGGGUUGAUGAAUUGGAGAAAGUGCUGGAGUUUGAGGGAGGCGAGACGAAUGAGGACGGUGAAACCAAGGGCAGAAAGAUCAAGGGUGAUGUGCCCAUGGAGUUGUUGCUGCGACCUUUGGAGAAGUUGCGUGCGGAGAGUCCCUACAAGCCCGUUCGGACAAGAUGCAUCGAGGCCCUUGACGACGACCGACUGGUCGAGUGGGGCAUUCGAACGAGGGAAACAGAGGAGGAGGAAGACAGCGAUGGCGAGUGGGGAGGGUUUGACGACUAA